CCACCCAAGCCACCGGAGGUUGUCCCAGUCGCUAGCCUCUGCCGGCAAAACUCACCGCCGUCACCCGGAGUCACCUACAAAACAAAAAAAAAAUAUUGUUAUUAGAUUCCGGUGACCGGAGCUGCAAGCGGCGCCGAAGCUCAGGCGAAGGAAAAAAAAAGAAGUCCUGUUGUCAAAUCAUCACUGUCUUUCCCAAAAUUUUUUGGAAAAGCAGACUGCAUUGCCACCACAAUACACACCCGCAAAAGUGAGAAAAAACUGAUUAUUGUCACAAUCACUCUGUCAGGGUGACAGACGUUGUUGAGUUCCCAAUAAAGUAGGUGGAGUUCCCAACAUAGCCUUCUCGCAAGUGGAUGCCAGGAUAGAAGCGGCUCCGAAUAGAAGAGGCCACUCACAUACAGGCGGAACGCGGCCAUAUGUAAAAUCGCCCAACCCAUCUCCGACCGAAUUUACGAGCGCGGAAGCAUCAGCCAACGCGAGUGAUUCUAUGCCCAUCCAUCUUCUACCCCGACGCCGACAAGUACAGAAGGGUAAGGAUAAUUCAGAGAGGAGGAGAUUAGGAGGUUGGGUUGCGCGGAAAGGAAGAAGGAGAGACGAGGGAGAAUGAUGCGGCGGAAGGCUAUAGCAGCUUCCGAUAAAACAAAAAAAAAAACAAAAAAAACAACAGCGAAAAACGAAGAAGUGAAGAUAGAAGGAGACGUACACAACUAGGGUACAGGUCUCAAGACUCGGUGCCCAUACCGCAAAGCCCGCCCCAUCAUUAGUGUCGCGUCACUUGGCCCGAUCCGCAACACAACCCGUGGCUCACCUCACGCUGAUGACGCGCCCGUUCCCCGCUCAGUUCCUCCUCUCGCGGGCCGAGGAGCCCGCCUCAGGCCCACUAAAAUAGAUGGACCCGGGUUUCCUCACGCACGAUAGUCAACAUGUGAUCCGUUAACGCAACGCUUAAAUUAAAGCGUCUCAUCUCCAACAUAAAGCUAAGUAUUCUACCACUCUUAAAUUCUUACUUUUAUUUUAAAUAUUGGACAAUCGUGAACCCUAUUGGGGGCAACGAUGUACCAAACAAUAUGGGAGAUGAGAAACUCAAUAAAGCGACAUAUUAUCACGGCCCAUGCCUCGACUAGUCAAUGCCAUGGUGAAUCUACAAAUAAGUCUCAACGAAGCAUACAAAUAAGGCUUCAAUAAGAGCAUCGGUGAAUCUACAAAUAAGUCUCAACGAAGCAUACAAAUAAGGCUUCAAUAAGAGCAUCGGUGAAUCUACAAAUAAGUCUCAACGAAGCACACAAAUAAGACUUCAAUAAGAGCAUCAGUGAAUCUACAAAUAAGUCUCAACGAAACACACAAAUAAGAUGUUACACCCCGACCUUUGGGUUCAGGUUCGACCAUAAUACGUGAACGGUUGGAUUAACGGUUACGUACUAAGGAUUACAACCGCGGAUUAGGAAUAAUAAUAAUAAUAAUAAUAAUUCUUAUUAUUAAAAAAUGGCCAAGAGGACCCUCAUUGUUUUCCCAUCACCUUCCCCCCUACGCCAAAAAAAACCUUCCCCAUUCACUAAUUAAGGAACCCUGCCGCUCAAACUCCUUUCCCUAGCUCGACUAAUCCCAUUCCCCACUCAGCCUCCACAAUUAAACCCUCCCACAGUCCCACGAUCAAUUUCUAUUCCCCACCAGCGGCGGCGGCGGAAGCUUCUUCUUACUCCCGACGUGAGACGAUCGUAGAGGGCAGCGAAGGAAGGCGGCGGUGUCGCAGGCUGGAAGACGAUGGGCUCAACUGGCGCCACUUCCACGACCACCAAAGCUUCAUCGCGAAUCGCCUGGUCUUGGGAGGCAGCAUCGACAUUGGAAGAUCACUUUUUGUGGCUCGCCUUGGCUUGGAUCAAUCGAAUUGGCUGGGAUCCUGAAAACGUGCCUGCUUAUGAUACUUUUCGCUACACUUUGCUUAUGGGUGCUGAAGGAAUGAUGGAGGUUUUGAAAUGUUUGGACAUAAUGAAGGAUAAGGGAUGCCAUCCAGGUCACAAAUUCCUUUCGUUUUCCCUUGAAAGUUGCCGUAAACAUAAUGAUCUUAAAGCGGCGGCGAUAGCCAAAUAAGAGAGGGAGAGAGUAGACCAGGCGAUGAGAUCUGCUCAAGGGAUUUUGCUGUGCCAAUCACGCCACGAAGAUCGCUCACCAUAAGCCAGCACCGAUGCUUGCACUUGGGGUAAGAAAUUUCGUCCUUUGUCAAGCUUAAAUAGUGGGAUACGAAUGUCAUUCUCGUGGAACAUUGCUGGGCGGUGGGGUUGCAUGAUGAACGUCCCAUUAUAAUGGGUGAAUGGAUUUAUUUACGUGGUCAGCUUCAAAAUUGAAGAGGGCUUUAUGUUGGCAAAGGUGGGAGGAGGUUCUAAAGUGGGGGAAUAAGAAGCUUUAGUAAAAUCUAAUUGAAUUA